UUACCUGUGCUAUGCCAUGGCACUAUUGCUGGGUUUUAUCAACGUGCAUCUCAAAAAGGACUUUGUCUCCAAGCUGCUGACAUCCCUACUCAAGCACGGAGUUCAGCCUCCCUCAAUAGGGCCAAAGAAGAAGGUGGUGGUAGAUUUCUCCUCUCCUAACAUUGCCAAAGAGAUGCACGUGGGUCACCUGCGGUCAACCAUCAUCGGCGACAGCAUGUGUCGUCUCUUCGAAUUCGUGGGUCACGACGUUUUGAGGUUGAACCACGUUGGUGACUGGGGCACACAGUUUGGGAUGUUGAUCGCUCACCUGCAGGACCAGUUUCCGAACUAUCAGAUAAUAUCGCCUCCUAUCGGAGAUCUCCAAGCCUUCUACAAAGAAUCCAAAAAGAGGUUUGACGAGGAAGAAGCAUUUAAGAAACGUGCGUAUCAGUGCGUGGUACAACUGCAGGCCCAUGACCCGAACAUCAUUAAAGCCUGGAAUCUGAUCUGCAAUGUUUCCCGGAAAGAAUUUCAGAAGAUCUACGACUGUUUGGAUAUAACGCUGAUCGAGAGGGGUGAAUCCUACUAUCAAUCCAUGAUGAAGGAAGUGGUGAAAUUGUUUGAGGAAAACGGCAUAGUUGAGCUCGAUGAAGGUCGGAAGAUUGUUUUCCCACCUGGGUGUUCGCUGCCUCUGACCAUUGAGAAGUCUGACGGAGGCUACACGUACGACACCUCAGACUUGGCAGCCCUUCGACAGAGGAUUUUUGACGAGAAGGCAGAUAUCAUCAUUUAUGUCGUGGACAAUGGACAGAGCGUUCACUUCCAGACAGUCUUCGCGGCAGCUCGUUUAAUUGGCUGGUUUGACUCCGAAAAGACCAGGGUGGAGCACGCGGGGUUUGGUGUUGUGCUGGGUGAAGACAAAAAGAAAUUCAAAACCAGAUCAGGAGAAACUGUGCGACUGAUUGACUUGCUGAACGAAGGCCUGAAGCGAUCAAUGGAUAAACUAGUGGAGAAGAAGAGAGAUAAGGUUUUGACACCAGCCGAGCUGAAGGCAGCACAGGAGGCCGUUGCAUUUGGCUGCAUUAAGUACGCCGACCUCUCCCACAACAGGACCAACGAUUACGUCUUUUGUUUUGAUAAGAUGUUGGAUGACAGAGGAAACACGGCAGCCUAUUUGUUAUACGCCUUUACUAGAAUCAGGUCCAUAACACGUACGGCAAACAUCUCGCCGACGACUCUGCAGAAAGCUGCCGCAGAAACGACCAUCCUGCUCGAUCACGAGAAGGAAUGGAAGCUGGGGAAAUGCAUUCUCCGAUUCCCUGAAGUCCUGCAGAAAAUCCUGGAGGACCUGUACCUACAUUCCCUCUGCGACUAUUUGUACGACCUGGCCACAACCUUCACAGAGUUCUACGACAACUGUUAUUGUGUCGAGAAGGACAGGCAGACGGGUGAGGUGGUGAAGGUGAACAUGUGGAGGAUGUUGCUGUGCGAAGCCACCGCUGCUGUCAUGGAGAAGAGUUUCCACAUCCUGGGCCUCAGACACGUUGAGAGGAUGUAACGCUGUUCCCGUCUUCUCAAAGCGACCGUCACGAUGCACAUUUCCUGCUAAUAUGCCUUUUGUUUCUUGAAUAAAAUGCUGAAGUGAUUUC